UCUUCUGCAGGGAGCUGCUCACUCGCUCACUCACACACGCUCCCUCACACAUACUCACACACACCGGGCCGGAGCGCGCGAGCUCCAACACACCCUCUACCGGAGAGCGAACCAACGUCUUUCGGGCUUCAGACUCCUCCUGGAAAUCUGGAAGUCUGUCGGAGCGAGGCGACGCUGAAGUACGGAGAGAAAGAGACCGCGAGAGAGUGAAGGGGCGCGCGCGCGCGCACGAGAUAGAAACAUCUCCAAAAGUGCCGUUAGCCGUUCGAAUUUGAAGAGAGUCUGAAGUGGCGUUGCCCCUCAGCCGGGGCUAACGGGCGCUCAACUGCCAAAAAAUGGACAAAGUUUUCACUUGUCUCGUCACCGCCGUGAGCCUCCUGGUGUCAGUGCGAGGACAGGUAUUUAAAGGCGAUUGCAACUUCGAGAAGCCGUUCGCCGCGUGCGGCUAUAGCCAGGGACGAGAUGACGACCUUGACUGGGAGCAGGCCAACACCAAAGAAAAGCCUUCAGUAAACCAGUGGAUGCCUCCGGGUUCUGCCUUCAUGAUGGUGAACACGUCAGGCCGUUUCGCUGGACAGAAAGCUCUGCUCCUGAGCCCUCAGCUCAAAGAAAAUGACACACACUGUGUCAUCUUCCAAUAUUUUGUGUCAGGAAGGGAGGGUGGCAGCCCUGGGUACCUCAACAUCUACAUAAAGGAGAAUAACAGUCCCAUGGGCCUGCCUGUGUGGAACACCUCAGGACCUGUCAGUCGGAGCUGGACCCAUGUAGAACUUGCCAUCAGCACCUACUGGCCCAACUUCUACCAGAUUGUCUUUGAAGUGGUGACCUCAGGCCAGCGUGGUUUGCUGGCCAUCAAGGAUGUCGUCGUCCAGGGCCAUCAGUGCAUGACGACGCCUCACUUUCUCCAUAUUAAAGGGGUAGAAGUGAACGCAGGGCAAACAGCUACCUUCCACUGUACUGUCAAUGGGGAGUGGAGAGACAACUUUCACUUGUGGCUACAGGGUAUUGGUGGACGCGAGGCUCCUAUGAAGUCCACUAAGCCGUGGAAUAACCAGCGCUUCAUUGGCAUGUUUGAUGUGGUGAAUACAACAAAACAAGACUCCGGUCGCUACCGCUGCAUCAUCCACUCCAACCGGGGUGUAGGGGUGUCCAACUAUGGAGAACUGACUAUCAAACAGCCCCCGGUGCCCAUCGCCCCUCCCCAGUUGACAGCAGUGGGUGCUACAUACCUGUGGAUUCAGCUCAACGCCAACUCUAUCAAUGGAGAUGGACCCAUUAUCAACCGUGAGGUGGAGUACCGCACUGUGUCCGGAACCAUGUAUGACCUACAGCCCGUGGACAAGACAUCGCACAAGAUCGGCCACCUGGACCCAGACACAGAGUACGAGAUCAGCGUGCUGCUCACUCGGCCACUGGAAGGGGGCACUGGGGCCCCCGGCCCACCACUCAGAGCUCGCACAAAGUGUGCUGAGCCCAUGCAUGGCCCUCGGCAGCUGAAGGUGGUGGACAUCAAGUCCAGGCAGGUGACCAUACGAUGGGAGCCUUUCGGCUACAACGUGACCCGUUGCCAUAACUACAGUCUGACGGUGCAGUACCGGGCCCGUGCGGGGGGUAAAGAAGAGAGCCGAGAAGAAGUGUUCUACGAUAGCAAGAGCUCUGCCCCCCAGCACACCAUCCACAACCUGACGCCAUACACCAACCUGAGCGUCAGACUGGUGCUCCGCAACCGCGAGGGCGUGAAGGAGAGUGACGAGAUCCACAUUCAGACCGACGAGGAUGUGCCGGGGGAGGUCCCUCUAGACUCCAUCCAGGCCAGUGUGUACGAGGAGAAGAUCAUUCUCAAAUGGAGAGAGCCAGCUCACACCUAUGGAAUCAUCACCCAGUAUGAGAUCUCCUAUAAAGCAGUUAGUUCUUUUGACCCCAUGUUGGACCUCUCCAACCAGAGUGGCAAGGUGAUCAAACUGGGCAAUGAGACGAGCCAUGUGUUCCUGGGGCUUUACCCUGGCUCCACCUACUCUUUCACCCUAAGAGCCAGCACAGCCAAGGGCUACGGACCACCGGCCAUUACUCAGGCCACCACCAAGAUCUCAGCUCCUUCUAUGCCUGCCUAUGAUCAGGAGACAUCUCUGAACCAGACAGACAGCACUGUUACUGUCCUCCUCAAACCUGCCCAAAGCAGAGGUGCACCAGUCAGUGUGUAUCAGGUGGUCGUGGAGGAGGAGAGGCCCAGGAGAGCACGUGGUGGGGAGGCAGAAAUCCUCCGUUGUUACCCUGUCCCCGUCCACUACCAGAACGCCACAUCUCUCAACUCUAAGUACUACUUCACGGCUGAGUUCCCUUCUGGCGGCAUCCCCUCCCCUCAGCCUUUCACUGUGGGGGACAAUAAAACCUACAGCGGCUUCUGGAAUGCACCCCUGCUACCCCACAAGAGCUACAGCGUCUACUACCAGGCUGUCAGCACUGCUAAUGGGGAGACUAAAAUAGACUGUGUGCGAGUUGCCACCAAAGCCGCUAUUCUAGUGACGCAGCUCACUACCCCCUACAUCCGCAUCGCUCCGGCUGCAGGCGACAACCAACUAACAGGGGCGGCAACCCACAAGCCAAAUGCAGUGGAGCCAGAGAAACAGACAGACCACACAGUGAAGAUCGCUGGGGUCAUCGCUGGCAUUCUCCUUUUUGUCAUCAUCUUCCUUGGUGUGGUCCUGCUCAUGAAGAAACGAAGAACCUAUCACUCCUACACUUAUUACCUGAAACUGGCUAAGAAGCGUAAAGAGACCCUGAGCAGCACUCGGCAGGAGAUGACGGUGAUGGUGAACUCCAUGGACAAGAGCUACACAGAGCAGGGCACCAACUGUGACGAGGCCCUCUCCUUCAUGGACACACACAACCUAAAUAGCCGCUCUGGAUCAUCUCCAUGCUCCCUCACCGUGAAGACAAACACACUGAGCACAGCUCUGCCCAACUCCUACUACCCAGAUCCCUUUGUGCCCACUGCUAUCUUAGAUGAAACCCAGACGAUGACGAGCGACACCAGCAGCCUGGCACAGUCACACACACACUCCACGCAUACACACUCUCUGCGCAAGCGGGACGGGGUGGAUGUUCCCUAUCAGACAGGGCAGCUGCACCCGGCCAUUCGUGUGGCCGACCUGCUGGAGCAUGUCACCCAGAUGAAGUGUGCCGAAGGCUACGGCUUCAAGGAAGAAUAUGAGAGCUUUUUCGAGGGACAGUCAGCACCAUGGGACUCUGCCAAGAAAGAUGAGAACCGGAUGAAGAAUCGCUAUGGAAACAUAAUUGCAUAUGAUCACUCUCGUGUGCGUCUCCAGAGCCUGGAGGGAGAACAGAGCUCCGAUUACAUUAAUGCAAAUUACGUUGAUGGCUACCACAGGCCAAACCACUACAUCGCUACACAAGGACCCAUGCAGGAGACUGUGAUUGACUUCUGGAGGAUGGUUUGGCAGGAGAACACAGCAACCAUCGUCAUGGUUACUAACUUGGUGGAAGUUGGAAGGGUGAAAUGCUGCAAGUACUGGCCAGAUGACACAGAGAUCUACCGAGACAUGAAGGUGACGCUGAUAGAGACCCAGCUCCUUUCUGAGUAUGUCAUCAGAACAUUCGCUGUAGAAAAGAGGGGGGCCCAUGAGAUCCGGGAAAUUCAGCAGUUCCAUUUCACAGGCUGGCCAGAUCACGGUGUGCCCUACCAUGCUACAGGCCUGCUGGGCUUCAUCCGCAGGGUGAAGGCGAAAUCACCUGCCAAUGCUGGCCCUAUUGUGGUCCACUGCAGUGCGGGAGCAGGACGAACAGGUUGUUUCAUUGUGAUUGAUAUCAUGUUGGACAUGGCUGAGAGGGAGGGCGUGGUGGACAUCUAUAACUGCGUCCGAGAGCUGCGAUCUCGCCGGGUCAACAUGGUCCAGACAGAGGAGCAGUAUGUCUUCAUUCAUGAUGCCAUUCUGGAGGCAUGUCUCUGUGGAGAUACCACCAUUCCAGCCAAUCAGCUUCGUUCUGUCUACUAUGAUAUGAACCGAUUGGAUCCACAAACCAACUCCAGUCCAAUCAAAGAGGAGUUCAGGACUCUGAACAUGGUGACCCCUACUCUCCGUGUGGAGGACUGCAGCAUUGCUCUGCUGCCACGGAACCAUGAGAAGAACCGUUGCAUGGAUGUGCUCCCGCCUGACCGCUGCCUACCCUUUCUCAUCACCAUCGAUGGAGAAAGCAGCAACUACAUCAAUGCGGCACUCAUGGAUAGUUAUAAGCAGCCUUCUGCUUUCAUUGUUACUCAGCAUCCCUUGCCAAACACGGUAAAAGACUUCUGGAGGCUGGUGCUGGACUACCACUGCACGUCUAUCGUUAUGCUCAAUGAUGUGGACCCUGCCCAGCUGUGCCCUCAGUACUGGCCAGAGAACGGUGUACAUCGGCAUGGCCCUCUGCAGGUGGAGUUUGUGUCAGCUGAUCUUGAGGAGGACAUCAUCAGCAGGAUAUUCCGCAUUUACAAUGCUGCUCGGCCUCAGGAUGGCUAUCGUAUGGUGCAGCAGUUCCAGUUCCUAGGCUGGCCCAUGUACAGGGACACACCUGUGUCCAAACGCUCCUUCCUCAAACUCAUUCACCAGGUAGACAAAUGGCAGGAGGAGUAUGACGGAGGAGAAGGACGCACUGUGGUGCACUGCCUGAAUGGUGGCGGACGCAGUGGAACGUUCUGUGCCAUCAGCAUCGUGAGUGAAAUGUUGCGACACCAGCACUCAGUUGACGUGUUCCACGCUGUCAAAACACUGAGGAACAACAAACCCAACAUGGUGGACCUACUGGACCAGUACAAGUUCUGUUAUGAAGUGGCUUUGGAGUAUCUUAACUCAGGCUAGCUGUGCUAGCCCACAAAAGACUGACAACUUUGGGAUAUUUUGACACAGUGGACGCUCAGUGUGUGUACAGCGCAGGUCCAGUGCGUGUGUACACGUGCGUGUGUACGUGUACAGUCUGCUUGUAUAUUUCAACAGAUGUUCAUUUAUCCGGCUGGGCAUUUUCAACAACUGCAAGAGCACAAUGUAAUGUCCAAGAAUUCUGCCAUCCUCUGUACUCUAACCGAAGUAUGUAUCCUAAGUGAAACCGCUGAUGUUCGCCUCACCCCCUUAUUAGUUUGGGCCUGUGUUGCCUUCAGCCACAAGUCUGUAUCAUGUUUCAGCUUUGCGCAAGGCAUUCUGUGUACAUCCUCGUAGUGUUUACCAUUUCUUACCGAUCUACACUGAAUCGUGUGAGUGGACACUACUGGGCAAGAAUAGAAUCUAAAUGUUAUUUUGGUGUGUAAAUCAAUCUUAAUAUGGUAAUGUAUAAAGAAUUCAUGGAAGCCCUGAAGGGUAAGGUAAAGAAAAAGAGGGAGAGUCACAUUUACAGCUGAUAUAUUUUUCUGCUGAGUAAUAAAACUCUGGUGCAUGUUAGCUCAUACCGUGUUGUCCUAUGAACGUCAUCAGCGAUAAGAUUUUGAGUCGCUCACAUUGCUCACACAUAUUUGCGUCAUGUAUCUGCUACAUAGGCCCUGUAGAGUUUAUGCACAAAUUAUAUGUGAAGAAUGAAACAUCACUGAAAUGUUCUCUCUUUUUUCAGCAUAAGAAACAUUUUAAUACCUUAUAUCACAAGUGGUUUUCUGAGUAAGCAUAACUGCAAAUGAACUCAUGGCACUCAAUUACCAUAUUUUCCCCAAUUAUACAAUGAUGCAUUACAGAAACAAGUGCCUAGUUAGCUGUUAUAUGUGAAAUCUUUACAGAGAUUAUGUUAUCCAGUGUGCCAAAGCUUUUUUGAUGGACACCAUAGAUAAAGUCUCAGCCAGUGUAUCAAUUCGAGUCAUGAAUUUUGUGUAUCCUUACGGCUGUACCAGCUACCUUAGGAUCUUUCUUAACAUUAGCUCAGCAGUCGCUAGCUAGAAACAGUUAUUUCUAAAUAGAAUAGCUAGAAAAGAAGAUCCUAAUAUGAGGUUUACAGUUGCUGCACUGGAGUAAAGUCCAAAAAGUUGCUUAUUUGCACCACAUAAACUAUUGUGUGCAUUAUGUAUUGUCAAAGUCAUCCCAUGCAAUAUGCUGCUGACAAAAGGCAUCUGUCCCUUGUGGUCAGUGUUGGUAUAACAUCAAUUCUGCAGGCCAGUUAGGUCCUGUUUUAGGGCUGCUUAGCAAUGAAAAUCAUUGAGCAGAUAUUUAUAAAAAUAAUUUUCAUCUGUUUUUAUUGUUUUACGCACAGCAAAAACUUUAAACAUGCAAAUUUGACUCUGGAACACACUUUUUUCACCUUGCCCUUCAUGGCUUCUGUGUAGAAUUGACAUGGCAACCAUCAUUGCAUACGUUGCGCCACGUUCAAAAGAUCCAAAGCUUUUUUCUUUUUUUUUUUUGCACUUUGUUUUUGAUAUUGUUUGUUUAUAUUGUAAAUAUGACCAGUGUAGUGUAUUAUUUAUUUGCACUGUGUAUUUCUGUUGUGAAACACAGUGACAAUCGUGUACUGGGUUCAUUGGUUGAAUUGCCCAGAAUGUAUUGUCAGCUUUGGUUAAUCUUGUUUGAAGAAAUAUUGUACAUGUUCAAAUAUAUACUGUAUGUAUCAUAGCAAAAAAAGCCUUGACCUUCAUUAUGUAUCGUAGCAAAAAAGCCUUGACCGUUUCUUUAUCUCAUUUACAUGAGUCAGUGGAAGUCUGGCCUGUUUUUGCUCUGCCUUGACAGUAGAUCAGUGCAGAAGGGCCCAUAUCCUACAUUUUUCUUGAUUUCUCUAUGUUCCAAAACCAGCCAUAAUUCAUUUUUGUUUUUAAUUUUUUAAUUAAACAGGCUGGUUUUGUUGCUGUGCCUUUAAGACUGAUUAUAGUAAAUGUCCUCUGCUCUGAUUGGCUGCCUCAUUUAAGAAAGCAUUCAGCACUCCUUAUUACUUAGUAUGAAUGGAUGGGCUGAACUGCUAUACUGAAAGGUGAAUUCAGAACAGGCUGUUUGUGCAGCUUAAUUUCCAUAAACACAUACAAAAGUUUCAGUGCCCCUGGUCAAAUGGCAUUUUGUUGAUUUUGUAAGUGAAAAUAAGUGACACAUUCUCUACAGAGAACACAAGUCUGCACAUUAUAAUGCACAAGUACUGUUUAUUUGAUGAAUUUAACAUACUGGUAAAAAAUAAACAUAAAAUGUGGCCUGUGCAAAAGUUAUUGCACAUAUUAUAUUUUAUGUUUACUUUCAUGCAACUUUGAUUACUCAAAACCUGCAUGAAACUAAAUUGCACAU